AUGGAUUUAUCUGGAUAUUUGAAUCCUUUAUCAAUUGCAGUAGCCACUUCUGCUAUCAGUUACUGGACUGGAAGUAAAUUAAUAAAAAGAAGUAAUAUUAAAAUGAGUCAAAAAACUGCUUCUUCUUUAGAGGUUCCACAAUACUUUAAGGAUCACAAAUAUCCUGCCAAAAGACACAAUGAAAGAGUUGCUGAGCUCUUUGUCAAAUCUUGUGAAAAGAAUAAUGUUGCAUUUUUAGUUCCCGGUGAAUCUAUGGAAUUAAGAAAAUACUGUGAUACUGUAAAACCUUUUAGACAAGACAGAUAUUAUUACUAUUUAUCUGGUUGUGAUAUCCCAGGUUCUUUUAUUGUUUACAACAUUGAAGAAUCUAAAUUAUUAUUAUUUUUGCCUGAUAUUGACAAAGAAGACAUUAUGUGGAGUGGUAUGCCAUUAUCUUUAGAAGAGGCUAAAGAAAAAUAUGAUGUAGAUUAUGUUUAUUAUGUCAACGAUUUCCACAAUAUGGUCACUGAUCCAAAGAACCCACUAUUUAAAAUUGAUUAUUUCUAUUCCACUGAUAAGGAAUAUUGUGAAACCAUCUUAAAACAAGGUAUGCAAUGUUUAAGAGAAAAGAUUAUAUUUGGUGCUGACAUAUUUUUCAAAAGUUUAGACUCUUGUAGACUUAUCAAAGAUAAAUAUGAAAUUGAAACUCUAAGACAUGUGGCACAUAUUACUGAUAUCAACCAUAUGGCUGUCAUGUCUGCUCUACCAAUUGAAAAUAAUGAAUGUCAAAUUCAAGCUGAAUUUCAAUAUCAUUCAAUGAGACAAGGCGCUAAAACAUUAGGUUACGAUCCAAUUUGUUGUUCAGGUCCAGCUUGUGGUACUUUACACUACAUUAAGAAUGAUCAAGAUAUUGAAAAGAAACAUUCCAUUUUAAUUGACGCUGGUAGUGAAUGGAACAACUAUACUAGUGAUGUUACCAGAUGUUUCCCAAUUGAUGGUAAAUUCACUAAAGAGCAUCGUGAAAUAUAUGAAACUGUAUUAGAUAUGCAAUCUACUACCAUGAAAUUAAUGAAACCUGGUGUCUCCUGGGAUGAUUUACAUCUUUUAUCUCACAAAGUUCUUAUUGAGCAUUUACUCCAAUUAGGUAUCUUUAAAAGUGAGUACUCUGUAGAACAAAUCUUAGAAUCUCGUGUUUCUUGUGCCUUCUAUCCACAUGGAUUAGGUCAUUUGAUGGGCCUUGAUGUCCAUGAUGUUGGUGGUGAACCUAAUUAUGAAGAUCCUGAUGAUCUUUUCAAAUAUUUGAGAUUACGUUUACCAUUACAUGCAGGUAUGGUGGUUACAAAUGAACCAGGUUGUUAUUUCAACAAAUUUUUGAUUGAUGAAUAUAUAAACAAACAUCCAGAAAGAAUAGCUAUGGUUAACUUUAAUAUCUUAGAAAAAUACAUGUAUAUUGGAGGUGUUCGUAUUGAAGAUGACAUUCUUGUUACAAAGGAUGGUUAUGAAAACCUAACUGGUGUUACCUCUGAUCCUGACGAAAUUGAAAAGAUUGUCACUGAGGGAUUAAAGAAAAGACGUUCCGACUUUCACGCUCUUGUUUGA